CUUCUCGUAUUCAUGCCUCUUCCUCCUAAAAAGAAAGCCCUAAUUUUUAUUUUCUGCAGUACCCAUGAACGAGAAUCAGCAAUUAAGAUCAGAGCCGAGGACGACGAAAGUAUGGGGGAGGAACAUCGAUGAAGAGAUGGCUCGAUUGAAAGAAUGUCUUAAGCGAUACCCACUCAUCGCUUUCGAUACAGAGUACCCUGGGAUUAUUCACCGGACUUACAUUGACUCCUCCUCCGACGAAUGGUACAUCGCCAUGAAAGCCAACGUCGAAUCGACGAAGCUGAUCCAGUGUGGCUUCACUCUCUUCAACGCCAAGGGAGAGAUCGGUGGCACUUGGGAGAUUAACUUCUCCAAUUUCGGCGACCCAUCAGACACUCGCAACGAGAUUUCGAUCGAGUUUCUGAGGAGACACGGUUUGGAUUUGGACAAGAUUAGAAACGAAGGAGUUGACAUGUUCGGGUAUGGGUUUUUCCCCAAGCUCCUCUCUGCGUUUCGCUCUCAGAAAAACGUCGAGUUCGUUACUUUCCAGGGAGCUUACGAUUUCGCCUACUUCUUGUGUAUCCUCAACAAUGGGAAACUCCCCGAGACUCGCGGAGAGUUUGCAUCAGAGGUUGUGAAAGUCUUUGGCGAUGUUUACGACUUGAAGGUCAUGGCUGGAUUCUGCGAAGGGCUCGGUGAACACCUCGGGUUAAGCAAACUAGCUCAGCUACUGAAGAUCGCACGUGUGGGAAGAGCACAUCACGCUGGUUCAGACAGCUUAAUGACUGCGCUUGUCUUUAGCAAGCUUAAGCAAGUCUAUGAAGACUCUAACUUUGCUAAAGGAAUGCUCUAUGGAAUUGGGAAAAGAAUGGUGGUUACAUCCACCACGCCUGAGCUAGCUUCCUCGCCUGUGAUGUGCCAGCAGAGUCUAGUCUCGUAUCCUUCUUCUGAUCUGAUUUACCAUAAUGGUUAUGUCCCAAACUAUGACCAGUCUCAGCUUGUGGGCCCUCUUGUCUACUGGAAUCCUUCAGGUAUUCAAUGGAUGAACUAUAAUGGUGUGUAUGUGAAUCAGCUUAAUCAGCUACCUUCGACCACUUUCCCUUACCCGUCUCAGACACCAUAUGCUGCUGAUUACCUUGGACCGCUUCCCAAUUACUUAAUGCAAUAAUUAUCCUUGGUUCGUAGUAGAUUAGAUUUGAGAUUUCCAGCUCUAGGUAAUUUCUUUUUUCUUUUCUUUUUCUGGGUUUGGAUAGUAGUAGU